AAUACGAAAUCCUGAACCAAAUCUUAACCACCACAAGACUAUCUCACAGCUCCUUUGUUCACCAUGGCGAUCGAUGUUCCCAAUACCACUCUAUCGGCAAACGACGCACGCAUCCUGAACGCGCUCUUCGACCCAGAAACCCUUCCAUCAUCAGUAGCAAAGUCAAGAGACACCGCAGCAAUCGAUUCUUCCUUACCCGCUCACCCCAGUAUACCAUCCUCACAACUAUCAACCCUCGAAGCGCAACAAAACGACAUCGUACGCAACGUCUCCAGCAACUCAGACGUCACCGCAAUCGACGACGCCAUCGACCACCUAAACGGCACAAUAACCGCGUGGCCAAACUACGCCAGUGCCUACGUCAACCGCGCAAUGCUCCGCAGAAUGAGACUAGAAGCAGCAUUACAUGACGGAAAAACCAUCUUCGCAUCACCAAAACAAGAUAUCGAAGACGUAUUCACAGACCUUGCGCGCGCGAUUCAUCUCUCUUUACCCGCCUCAUCGCCAACAGCGCCCGUGUCGACAUACGCAGCGCGCAUCCUAAGAACAGCAUAUUCGCAUCGUGCGUAUCUGUAUCUCAAGGCUGUGGAAACAGAGACUGAGCUUGAUGGCCGGGGGAAGAGCGAUUUGGAGGAGCUGGCGAGCAGGGAUUUUGCGGCGGCGGCGCGGUAUGGAGAUGAGGUGGCGAGGGAGAUGAGUGUAAGGACGAAUCCGUAUGCGAAGAUGUGCGGUGCUAUUGUAAGGAAUGCGCUGAGGGAAGAGAGGAAGGGUGAGGUGUGAUGGGGACGUACACUUAGUGUCAAUCCAGCACUUUUCACCCACUCUGAUACGUCACGGUGUUGAAUGUGUGCGCGUCCUAUCCUGCGUUGAUUACGUAUAUACUUGUCAGCAACAGAGAGGUCGAUAACCACGUGUGUCGAAUACGGGUACGUUGUAUGUAGGAAGUUGCCUCGUCGACCAGAAAGAGGAUGACAUACGUUAAUCCACCGAUCUUGACAAUG